GAACGGACCUACGUUCAAUACUCGUGUUCCCCAGUUCAUAUUUAUUACCUACGCGCGCUACAAUGGCCAAACGAUACACACUACUGUAUCGUUCACAUUUCACUAUUCAUUUUAGUCUCUAGAUAUGUAGUUAAUUUAUGAAUCAAACGAACCGUUUUAUUCGUGCAUUUAACAGUGUAGUUGACCUGUUUUUAUUACGUAAAUUACAUUUAAAAUGUACAUAAACUAGCAUUGUUUAAUUCUGUUCCUGAUUGUGCGUAGUGUUAUUGUGUAUUUCAUGAAUAAUAGACAUUGCUUACCUGGUUGGUCCCUCGUAAGACUUGACAGUUUGGUAAAACCGGCGUUGAAAUAGGAAUAUAUGUGUUUUAGGUCACAACAAACAUGGCCGCAUUACGAACUAUGGUGGCGUAUGCAAACAAUGCAACAAGAAAUCAUAAUGUUUUAUUAUCAUGGAUGUCGCUGGUAGCUGUACAGUCGACCAGAGAAGCGCAUACUCAACACCUCACCAAGAAUAUUCAGUACAUAAGCAAUGAGAAGACGAAACUCAUCGUGGACCCUAAAACUAUGAAAUUAAACAAAGAAACGAAUAAACCACUAUGCGUCAUCAUGAAUUGGAUGCUGCAGCGUCCGAACCACGUGACGAAGUACGCCAGGCUGUACCUGGAGCAGGGUUUCGACGUGGUCUCCGUAUCCUGCACACCGUGGCAACUCACUUGGCCGCUCAAGGGCUCACAGCUAAUUGCUGCUGAUCUCAUAAAGUUUAUAUCUGAAAAUGGCCACAAACCGCUGGUGGUGCACGGGUUCUCGGUCGGCGCUUAUGUGUGGAGCGAGGGUCUGGUUUACGCGAUGAAGAAUAAAGAAAAGUACAUGCCCGUUCUAGACCGAGUGGCUGCGCAGAUCUGGGACUCGGCUGCUGAUGUCACAGAGAUACCCUACGGUUUCCCGGCCGCGGUGUUUCCCAACAAUAAAUUCAUGCAAAACGCCAUGAGAGUUUAUAUUGAAUACCAUCUGAAGAAAUUCCACGACGCAGCGACAAUGCACUAUAAUAACGGUUCGAGCGCAUUCAUAUCAAGCGCGUGUCGUGCGCCUGCGCUCUUCCUUCUCUCAAAGACCGACCCGGUCGGUGCUGAGAGGAGCAACCGUAAUGUGUACCAGUCUUGGCUCAAUUUGGGUAUCAAGUGUACGUGGAAGUGCUGGGACCGUUCUCCCCACGUGCAACAUUACACGUACCACAAGGAGGAGUACCUGGCCGCUCUCUUCGACCAUCUCGAGAUGUGCAACGUGCUGCCGCAGUCGGCUAAGGCUCGCGUUCGGUUAUAGACGAGCCGCGACGUAUCUGGUUAAUCUGCGUUUAAACGCCAGUAUUUCCAAACAAGGAUAACAUUUUACAGAUGACAUGUAAAAUACCCUUAUUGUAAAUGUAUAUAUUAAUGUAAAAAGUAUUUUUCUGUACAACAUAAAAGAGGAAGUACAGUUAGAAAUAAACUCUGCAACUAUUUUAUAAAUGUCAAUUAGGAGGUACUGGUAGUUAAAUGUCGUAAUGAAGUGUCCCAAUUUACAGAAACGAUUCAAGUGGAAGAAAUAAAAAAUAAAAAAAAAAACUACAAAAUUCCCGUGUUUAUAUUUGAAAAAAUAAAAACAGGGUGUUACACCUCUAUAAUUAACAAUUGUAAUCUAUAUAAAAUGUAUUUUUUAUGUAAAUUUUUAUGUUUUCGGUGCAAUAAACGGUUGUUUUCGGUUAAAUAAAUAAAUAAAUAAAUGACCCAUAGAGAAAGUAAUUACUACGUUAUAUAUUAACCAAUUUUUUUGCCAAGUAACACUUUCAUUUUUUUAAUGUGUCCAAAAAAAAAGAAAUUCACACACUGUUUUUAGGCCCACAGCACUUUUAUAUACUGUUAUAUUUUGUACUUAUAAUGUAAAUCUUUUUACUUCGAAUUACAAAAACAAUCAAAAA